AUGCCUGGUCUCGUCACGGCAACGGGUGUGCUGGCCUUCCUGGCCGACGAUGAGCCCGAGCUGAAGGUCUUUGCAUUGCAAACCCUCAACGACGACAUUGAUACCGUCUGGACUGAGGUUGCUGGCGCCCUCGGACAGAUCGAGGCUCUCUACGAAGACGAGUCCUUCCCCGAGCGACAGCUCGCCGCGCUUGUCCUCUCCAAGGUCUACUACCACCUGCAGGCCUAUGAUGAGAGCAUGUUCUUCGCCCUUGCUGCCGGCAAGCUCUUCAAGAUCGACACUCCAGGCGAAUUCGAAGAGACGAUCAUUUCGAAGUGUGUCGACCACUACAUUGCCGCAAAGAAUGAGAACCACUCUGUCCUCAACAAGAACGCCGGCGAUGGCAAGGACGCCAAGGACUCGCUACCCGCGCUUGCUACCGCAUUCGCCAGCGGUUCAAACGAUGGCAAUGCCAAUGCUCUCAUGUCGCCCACCACACCCUUUUCUCAAUCGACCCUGCCGUCCAAGUCGCUUCUGUCCCGCCAGUCUACCGACAACACUAUCCUAGACCCCUCAUUUGAAGCACCGCGGAAGCAGCACCGAUCCUCGUCAAUCGCACUGACGCACAACGAGCUUGACACGCGCCGUGCCAUCGACAACAUCAUCGAGCGCCUGUAUGAAACUUGCCUCCGUGAAGGCAAAUACAAGCAGGUCGUCGGUAUUGCUGUGGAGGCCAAGCGGCUCGAUGUCGUGAGCAAGGUCAUCCAGCGCGCUGAUGACAGCCACCAGAAGUCCAAGACCGCCGGUGCUCAGGAGGAGAGCCUUGGUCCCGCCGAGGAGUUGAUGGAUUACUGCCUGAGCAUAUGUCUUGACAUUGUCCAGGAGCGUGCUUUCCGCGACGAGAUCCUCCAGUUGAUUCUGAGUAUCCUGACCAGCGGCCGGGCCAAGGAGCCGGAUUACUUCUCAAUCGCGAAAUGCAUCGUGUACCUCAACAAGGACGAAGAGGCGGGCAAGGUCCUCAAGCAUCUUGUUGAGACAGAGUCUGUCAACUCUACCGCCAUCGCAUACCAGUUUGCAUUCGACCUUUACGACAACGGAACCCAAGAGUUCCUCGGCAAAGUGAUUGCAGACCUGCCCAAGCCACCAGCAUCGUCCGCCGCCAAGCCAUCUGGCGAAGGCGAGUCCGAGCCCCUACUCGAGGAUGCGUCUGAUGACGAAGAGGAGCUUGACGAGAAGACCGCCGAAGUGUACAAGAACAUCCAGUCUAUUCUUGACGGCACCAAGACUAUCAAGCUGAAUCUCGAGUUCCUGUACCGCAACAACCGCACAGACCUGAGCAUUCUGAACAAGGUCAGGGAGAGCCUCGAAGGCCGGAACUCGAUCUUCCACACCGCCGUCACGUUCUGCAACGCGUUCAUGAACCAAGGCACUACUAACGACAAGUUCUUCCGCGACAACCUGGAGUGGCUGGGCAAGGCCAUCAACUGGUCCAAGUUUACUGCCACUGCCGCACUCGGCGUCAUCCACCGUGGCAACUUGUCGCAGUCGCGCAAACUGCUUGAGCCGUACCUCCCAAGAGGCACUGGUGGCAUCAGCAGCGGCUCGCCGUACUCCCAGGGUGGUGCUCUGUACGCCUACGGUCUCAUCCACGCCAAUCACGGUGCUGGUGCGCUGGACUAUCUCAAGACACAGUUCACCGCUGCCGAAGAGGAAGUCAUCCAGCACGGUGGCGCACUUGGUCUCGGUCUGGCUGGCAUGGCCAGUGGCAACGAGGAGAUCUUUGAGAAUCUCAAGACUGUGCUCUUUGCAGACUCCGCCCUGAACGGCGAGGCCGUCGGUCUUGCCAUGGGUCUGAUCAUGCUGGGCACAGGCAAUGUCAAAGCGCUCGAAGACAUGGUCACAUAUGCCCACGAGACCACGCACGAGAAGAGUGUCCGUGGUCUCGCCCUCGGAAUGGCGUUGAUCAUGUAUGGCCGACAGGAGGAUGCCGACGUCAUGAUUGAGGGGCUUCUUAACGAUCCGGAUCCGACGCUCCGCUACGGCGGAAUCAUGACGGUUGCCAUGGCCUACUGCGGCACAGGCAGCAACAAGGCAAUUCGCAAGCUGCUACACACCGCCGUUAGCGAUGUCAACGACGAUGUACGCCGUAUCGCGGUCAUGAGCUUGGGUUUCAUCCUCUUCCGCAAGCCUGGUAGCGUGCCUCGCAUGGUUGAGCUGCUUUCCGAGUCAUACAACCCUCACGUCCGAUACGGCUCUGCCAUGGCUCUUGGUAUCUCCUGCGCGGGCACUGGUCUUGAUGAGGCCAUUGACCUCUUGGAACCAAUGAUGAAGGAUCCCACAGAUUUCGUCCGCCAAGGUGCCUUGAUCUCCUUGGCCAUGAUCAUGAUUCAGCAGAACGAGGUUAUGAAUCCAAAGGUCGCCUCGAUCCGUAAGACCCUGAAGAAGGUUGUCGGUGAUCGUCAUGAGGAUGCCAUGACCAAGUUCGGUGCCGCUCUUGCCCUGGGCAUCAUAGACGCUGGUGGGCGGAACUGCACCAUCGGCUUGCAAACCCAGACUGGCAAUUUGAACAUGGCUGGUAUCGUCGGCAUGGCAGUGUUUACGCAGUACUGGUACUGGUUCCCGUUCACCCACUUCCUGUCGCUGGCUUUCAGCCCAACCUCGAUCAUCGCUCUCGACCACGACCUGGACAUCAUCGACAUGAAAUUCCAUUGCGCCAGCAAGCCGAGCCUCUUUGACUACCCCCCUGAGCAAGAGGUCAAGACUGAAGAGGGCCCUGCUGCUAUUGCCACGGCCAUACUGUCGACAACUGCGCAAGCUAAGCGUCGCGCCCAGAAGAAGGAGCGUGCACAGCGCCGCGAGAGCAUGGACAUUGACUCAACCACAACCCCGACCACGACGAAGCCCUCCGCUGGUGACAAGAUGGACAUUGAAGAGGACAAGCCGAAGACUUCAGACGACAAGGAGAAGAAGGAGGGUGACGCGGAUGAGAGGGAAGCUUCAGCUCCUCCAGCCGACGGCAAGAAGAAGGCGGAGAAGGAGAAGGCUGGCUACGAGGUUGACAACAUGACACGCGUGCUUCCCAGCCAGCUCAAGUACAUCAGUGUCCCCAAGGGUCGGUACUGGCCAGUCAAGCUUGUCCGACCUGGGCCUCUACCCACAGGCGGUCACCUGCUGCUUCGCGACAGCGAACCUGGCAAGCAGAAGGCUCUGAUUGAGGAGAAGCUGAAAAAGGUCACGAUCGAGAGAGCACCUGUUUCCACUCCAGCUAAUACCCGGCGCGGUGGCAACAUGGAUCCGACAGCAGAGUCCCUGAUGCGCCAGCUGCAAGGACUCACUGGGGCUGCGGCAGCCGCUGGGGUCCUCACGGCUGUGGACGAGGACGAGGAGGACGACGAAGAGGCGCCCGCUCCCCGCGACUUUGAAUACUACACGGAUGGCGAGGAUGAGGACGACGAUGACGACAACUAG